CCCACAAAUAGAAAGUCUCAUCAAGAAUUCAAGAUCCGUUUUUUCUGAAUCUUUUCUUUGACGAGCGGUUUGUUUUUCUUGAAUGUUGCCGUUUGGAUCGUUCUCAGAGAAAUGCGACGGCGGAGGAAGACGGUUGUGGUAGCGGUUGUGAUACGGAGGGUGCUAAUAUGCGCUAUAUGCGUAAUGACAUUACUCUGUUUUCUCACCGUACACAUCUAUGUUGCUCCUUUCAAUAGACUCCCUAGGAGGCUUCAUCUUAAUCACCACAACACUCGCCGAGGAGAUAUCAUCGAUUAUAACAAAUCUAUCACAGAACAGAGCUUAACGAGGAAUCUGUCUCGUUUAGAAUCAGAUGAAGCUUCUUCUCUUCUCACCAAACCAAAGGAAAAUGAGAUUCAGUAUCAGAGUUCAAUCUCGGAACACAUCAAGAACACCGAGCUAGUACCUCCUCAUUUUUCUACAAGCCCUUCUUCUUCCAAGUUGAACAUGACAAGCGGGAUACCGGAUUUCGACAAGCUUUGGAAACCUCCACCGAACAGAAAUUUCGUCCCUUGUGUCAAUUCUAAUCCUAGUUACACAUCUCCAUUGGAAUCUAGAGGCUAUCUUCUUGUUCACACGAAUGGCGGGCUUAACCAGAUGCGCGCUGGGAUAUGUGACAUGGUAGCUAUAGCUCGGAUUAUAAAUGCAACACUUGUAGUCCCAGAGCUCGAUAAACGGUCUUUCUGGCAGGAUACUAGCAAAUUCUCGGAUGUCUUUGAUGAAGAUCACUUCAUCAAUGCUUUAUCUAAAGAUAUAAGAGUCAUCAAGAAACUUCCAAAGGUGAUCCGAGCCGCCAAAUCCGAUUCUCGUCUAGCAAACAACAAUCUACCUCCUGAUAUUCAGAAGCUGCGUUGCCGUGCUUGUUAUGAGGCUUUACGCUUCUCUACUAAAAUCAGAUCAAUGGGAAAACUUUUGGUCGAUAGGAUGAGGUCUUAUGGUCUAUACAUCGCGUUGCAUUUGAGAUUCGAGAAAGAUAUGCUAGCUUUCAGCGGCUGCAACCACGGUUUAUCUGCUUCAGAAGCUGCUGAGCUAAGGAAGAUAAGGAAGAACACAGCGUAUUGGAAAGUGAAAGACAUUGAUGGAAGAGUACAAAGACUCAAAGGUUAUUGCCCAUUGACUCCAAAAGAAGUUGGAAUCUUGCUAACAGCUCUUGGAUAUUCAUCAAACACACCGAUAUAUAUAGCUGCUGGUGAGAUUUACGGUGGUGAGUCUCGGUUAGCCGAUUUACGCUCUCGUUUCUCCAUGUUAUCGAGCAAGGAAAAUUUGGCAACUAGUGAAGAGCUUAAGCCUUUUAUGAACCACUCAACUCAAAUGGCUGCACUUGACUACAUUGUUUCCGUGGAAAGCGACGUUUUUAUUCCGUCGUAUAGCGGAAACAUGGCAAGAGCUGUUGAAGGGCAUCGUCGGUAUCUUGGUCACCGGAAAACUAUCUCUCCGGACAGGAAAGGCAUUGUGAGGUUGAUAGAUAGAAUUGGAAGAGGAGCUGAGAGAGAUAACCGAAAAGUGUAUGAACGAAUCAUAGAUAUUCACAAAACCCGACAAGGAUCACCGAGGAGGAGAAAAGGGCCAGUUUCUGGAACAAAGGGUUUGGAGAGACAUCGUUCUGAAGAAUCCUUCUACGAGAACCCAUUACCGGACUGUCUCUGCCAGAGAGACCCAAGUAAAGCGAGAUAAUGGACAUGAAACUUGAAAUUUUCAUGCAAAUUUAGCAUUGGAGAUAAGUUUCAAUGAUAGUUAUAGGCAUAUUAUAUAGGUUAUAGCAUUAUAGUGAUCAAACAGUUUGGUGAUUAAUGAAUGAUAUACCAAUUU